AUGCGUUUUAGAAACGAAUCCAAACCUCCUGUCAGCCCCCAGCACUGCGCCUGCGCUAAUGCGGAUUGCCGCCAUCUGAAAAAAGCCUGUGAGGUGCUGAAGGCAAAAUGCCCACUGAAUCUGAAGAAAGAUAACAUAGGUGAAUUGAACUAUUACAGCCCCGGAGACCACAUCAUCGACGCACUCCUCUUGACAACCGGAGCGAUGUUUUUCCCCUCUCAUACCUGUUUUUCAAGUGCUCCCUAUGUCUACCUGAUCCCGCUUGAAUACUCAAAAUUCUGGAACAUUCUGUCCUUCAUCUUCAGCGUUCAUGAGAUCAAUCAGAAUCCUAGGCUGUUGCCCAACAUUACUCUGGGCUACAACAUCUAUGAAACCUUGUCCAGUGAAAGACUGAUUUUUGAUGCCAUGGUUGAUCUGAUAUCUGCUGAAUGGAAGAACGUCCCCAACUACCACUGUGGAGGUCAGAAUAAUCCAUUGGCUGUUCUUGAAGGAGGAACCUCUGACAUCUCUACCCACAUUUCCAACAUAUUGAGCGUCUACAAAAUCCCACAGAUCAGUUAUGGAUCUGAUAAGCAAAUCAAUGAGGAAAAAACUCAGCUACCAGUUUUCUACCUAAUAAACCCCGAAGAGAAGGCUUAUUUUCUGGGGGUUGUCAAACUGCUCCUGCAUUUUAGAUGGACAUGGAUUGGUUUGAUUGUUCCGGACACCGACGAUGGAAUGGAGUUCUUGAGAACCAUGAAAGUGUUGAUGACUAGUAAUGGUAUCUGUGUUGUCUUCUCACACAACAUCAAAGGAGAGACGGCAGUUUUCCUAAGCAUGAUGCUAGCAGUGGAUGAUAUAAUUUUCUCUCUGAGUCAGACAAAAGUUAAUGUGCUGGUUUUGUAUGGAGACUUUAACUUCCUGUUUUUUUUCAUAUACAUUAAGAAAACAAUUGAUAACAACAUGGAUUCCAUAGCGGGAAAAGUUUGGGUCACGGUGUCUUUGCAGGUCAUCAGCGCGCAUCAUGAUAUGCACGGCUCUUUGUCCGUAAUCCAGACACGAAAGAGGCAAACACAUGACAACUCUGACACGCUUUUCAGUCGUAUGAAUCGGUUUGGGGAGGAAGCUUUUAAUUGUUCGUAUUCCAAAUAUGUGCGGUCUGCAAAAGGCCGGCAGAGAUGUGCCGAGAAGGAUAAACUGGAAGCUCCUACUCAAGAUGUGCUUGAAAGAGUCCUAUAUGAUGAAGGCCACAAUAUUUACAUUGGUCUCCAGACUGUGGCUCAUGCCUUGCAUUCUGCAUACACAUCCAGGAAAGGUCCGCUGAUGGUGGGAGGUGGAGAAAGACUGGAACUUCAAAGGGUGCAGUCCUGGCAGCUUUAUCCUUUCCUGAGGAGCCUCCAGUUUUACAAUACUUCUGUGGAGGAGAAUAGGGAUCCAUCAGCAAUCCUUGACAUCGUGAACUGGGUGGUGUUUCCCAAUAAAUCCUGUGGUGGAGUGAAAGUCGGCAGCAUAGAGAGAAAAACAUUCACAUCCAGGAAGUUCUCCAUCGAUCAGGAUGCCAUUGUGUGGCCCCGGGGGUAUAAUCAGACCCUGCCCCAGUCCAGGUGUACCGAGAACUGUCAGUCAGGAUCCGUGAAGCUGAUUGUGAAAGAAAAGCCAGUUUGCUGCUACACUUGUGCUCCGUGUAAGGAAGGAACCAUCUCCGUUCAGGAAGGAAAGACAGUAGAACAGAUUAUUGUGGAUGAAAGGUUGCUUCUAGUUGUACUAGACUCACUUUUGACCUUUCCAGAUGCAGACCGCUGCGACAAAUGUCCAGAAGAUCAGUAUCCAAACAAGGACCGGACUCAAUGUGUCCCCAAAAUUAUAACUUUCCUGUCCUAUCAAGAACCUUUGGGAUUCAGUUUAGUUUUCUUUGCCCUGCUGUUGGCCAUAAUGACAAGUUUUAUGCUGGGAAUCUUCAUCAAAUACCUGGAUACUCCAAUAGUCAAAGCCAACAACCGGGACCUCACCUACAUUCUCCUCGUCUCCCUCCUGCUUUCCUUUCUGUCCUCCCUUUUAUUCAUUGGGCAGCCAAGGAAGGUGACCUGCCUUCUCCGACAAACCACCUUCAGCAUCAUCUUCUCAGUUGCUGUCUCUUCUGUGUUGGCCAAAACCAUCACUGUGGUGGUGGCCUUCAUGGCGACUAAGCCGGGAAACAGGAUGAGGAAAUGGCUGGGAAGGAGCUUGGCAAACUCCAUUGUUCUUUCUUGUUCUGUUGUACAAGUUGGCCUGUGCGUCAUCUGGCUUGGGAUCUCUCCCCCCUUCCCAGACUCUGACAUGCACUCCCAGCCUGGUCAGAUCACCCUGCAAUGCAACGAAGGGUCUCUGGCCAUGUUUUAUGGUGUCCUGGGCUACAUGGGCUUCCUGGCAGCCAUCUCCUUUGUGGUGGCUUUCCUGGCCAGGAAGCUUCCAGGGGCCUUCAAUGAAGCCAAGCUGAUCACCUUCAGCAUGCUGGUCUUUUGCAGCGUAUGGGUGUCCUUUGUGCCCACAUACCUGAGCACAAAGGGGAAAUACAUGGUAGCCGUGCAGAUCUUCUCCAUCUUGGCUUCCAGUGCUGGAUUACUGGGCUGCAUCUUCUUCCUCAAAUGCUACAUUAUUGUAGUGAGACCUGAUCUGAAUACCAAGGAGCAUCUAAUGAUGAAAUCUGAGGGUGGCAUCUGA